ACUCGCACAGCCUCCUCUCUCCACCAUUUUCACGCCGAACAACUUCUCAUCUGAAGAAGAAGGCCAAACUCCAAAGCUCUCUCCAAUGGCGGCAAAGGCGAGAAACCCGAGGAAGACCAGAAACCCCGACCUGAUCAAGGGCGUCGGAAAAUACUCGAGGUCCCAGAUGUACCACAAGCGCGGUCUCUGGGCUAUCAAGGCCAAAAACGGCGGCGUUUUCCCUCGCCACGACCCCAAGCCCGCCAUCGACUCUCCGCUGCAGAAGCCUCCCAAGUUCUACCCCGCUGACGACGUCAAGAAGCCACUCGUCAACAAGCGCAAGCCCAAGCCUACCAAGCUCAGGGCAAGCAUUACGCUGGGAACUGUGCUGAUUAUCUUGGCUGGGAGGUUUAAGGGAAAGCGAGUCGUCUUCCUCAAGCAGCUCUCUUCUGGUCUUCUUUUGGUUACUGGACCAUUCAAGAUCAACGGGGUUCCAUUGAGACGUGUGAACCAGUCUUAUGUGAUUGGAACUUCCACCAAGGUUGAUAUUUCUGGAGUGAAUGUGGAGAAGUUUGAUGACAAAUAUUUUGCAAAGCAAUCCGGAAGGAAGAAGAAGAAGGGUGAGGGAGAAUUUUUUGAGACUGAGAAGGAGGAGAAGAAUCAGCUUCCGCAAGAAAAGAAAGAUAAUCAGAAGUCUGUGGACACCCCAUUGAUAAAGUCCAUUGAGGCUGUCCCGGAACUGAAGGCAUACCUCGGAGCAAGAUUCUCUCUUAAGGCAGGCAUGAAACCUCAUGAGUUGGUUUUUUAAAGGCGGGUGUUUCAGUUGUUACUCUUUUAGGAUAAUUUUGUCUUGUUUUUGUUUGAUUUAAGAUCAUUGACUUUUAUGUAUCUUUCAUAUCACUGGCAGAGCUAUAAUUUUGUAUUAAGCAGUUUGCAUUAUGGAGAGUUUUUCUUAUUGCCAUUCGAUUGGUUGGAGUUCUAGUCUGCUAGAAAACCAGAAAAACUGGAUCAUUUAAUAGAUUUCA